AUGGCUGACCUUCUCCUUGAUCUUCUCGACGCCCGGCCCGCCCCCGGAGUCGACGCCAACUCGACACCACGGCCAACCAAGCUUGCUUAUUUGUCCCAUCUCGCUGAUCAAAGCCCGGCGGCUCUGACAUCGUCCGAGCCUCAAUCUUUGGCUCAGUCAUCACAAUCACUUCUCCUCUCAUUACAAGGCGUUUCGAAGCGCUCUCACAAAUCAGUCAUAGACUCGGCCUCACAUCAUGCUAGCCUAACCCGCGCCUUGCCUACCUUGGUCGCGGAUACAACCGACCUACGUAAUGCGAUACCCAAGCUUGACGCGGAAGCUUUGCGCUUUUCUACAACUUACAGCAAAUCCGGCGAAAAUGAGGACCUGGCCGAAAGAAAACGUGCGUUGCUUCUAUUGCGCAACGUUGAGCGCCUCGUUGACGUUCUUGAACUCCCUACCCUCCUUUCCUCGGCCAUCAAUAUCAUCCCUGCCAACUACGCCUCCGCCCUUGACCUCAAUGCCCACAUCAGGAGGCUUCACGGUCUAUACCCGGACUCUCCGCUAGUCGCUCUAGUCUCUCGCCAGGCCGAUGAAGCCAUCGUCAAGAUGACGGCCGAUCUUAUCACGGCCCUCAAGUCCCCAGGGCUCAAGUUGGCUGCGUCACUCCGCACUGUCAGCUGGCUAAGGAGAGUACUUCCUGAUCUAUCUUCGAUGACUUCCGCAAGCCGCGAAUCUCAGGAGCAUACGCUCUCUCUGCUAUUUCUUUGCUGCCGCGUAGCCACCUUGGACGCGACUCUGGGAGCUCUACAGCCCCUCCGUGAAUUGGCCGAUGAGGAGCGGCACAGGCAGCAAGGUGCUAGCAACCAGUCUUGGUCCGGGGGUCAGCAGACAGAAAAGUACCUCAAACGGUAUGUCGAGAUCUUUCGUGAGCAAAGCUUCGGGGUCGUCUCCAUGUUUAGGAGUAUCUUCCCCACUACAGGCCAUCAGGCCAGCCGACCCAACACCGACACACAGGAUCCUCUCCAGCCCCUGCCGUCGACGUUGUCGACGUUCCCACUCCAUCUCGUUGAGAUGCUCCUCGAGACCUUGGGGAAAUACCUCCCCACAGUUAAGGACCAGGUCGCGAGAGACAGCAUUCUGACGCAGGUGUUAUACUGCUCGGGCAGUUUGGGUAGGCUUGGUGGCGAUUUCGGCACGCUGCUAGCUGGGCUCGGCGAGGAAGGCGAGGGAGUGACAAAACAAUCCGAAUGGGUUGACAUAGUCAAGCGACACCGGCUGCUGUCAGGGCGCCUUGAGUCGGUCAUUGGUGAUUACAGCCGCUCGAAGACUGCGUCCAAAAAGUUCUUGACGACACAUUCGAAACGGCACGGCAGCUCGACCCAAUGUCUCAACAGACGACUACCUCUGGCCGGGCAAAAUCAUUCGGGCCACGGGUCCUUGAUGUCGUAUCUCAGAGACGUUGCCGCCGCCCCGGACAAGAUUCAGACACUCUGGCGCGGCACAGUCCCGUCGGCCCUCAGAACCGGCUUCGGCUCGGCCCUCUACUUCACAUCACUCAACUCUAUCCGCGAACAUGUCGCUCAAUCCCAUCUUUUGGGCCAGGACGCCGCUAACAGGAUGGCCCAUUCAUCCUCGUUACCGACGCUCACUCCGACGGCGAACCUUAUGGCCGGCGCCGGGGCUCGCACGUUUGCCGGCUUCGUCUUGAUGCCUCUUACCGUCAUCAAAGUUCGGUAUGAAUCGAACCUGUAUUCCUACCAGUCACUGGUCGGUGCAUCAUCCGACAUCUACAGAACGAACGGCCUGCGAGGCUUCUUCGCGGGCUUUGGCGCCACGGCGGUCCGCGAUGCGCCGUACGCAGGCAUGUAUGUAUUAUUCUACGAGCUUCUUAAGAAACGCCUGAGUGGUCUGUCCGUCGAUAGUGGGAGACAGAGCUCGAACGACCCCGUCACCAUCAAAACAUCGCAUGCAACCUUGGUCAACUUCAGCUCUGCCAUUAUGGCUGGUGCCGCUUGCUCCGUCGUUUCCAACCCCUUUGACGCCGUCAAGACGAGGAUCCAGCUACAGCCAGCCAUCUAUCGGAACAUGUACCAAGCCUGCCGCAAGAUGGUUGGCGAGGAGGGCGUACGGUCACUGUUAGACGGAGUGGCACUCCGUAUGAGCAGAAAAGCGAUGAGUUCGGCGUUGGCCUGGACUGUGUAUGAAGAAUUGAUUAGAAGAGCCGAGCGUACUUGGUCCUCCAGCUUGGUAAGGGCAGGAGCAGAGCCAUAG